AUGGCACAAGACAAUGAAGGCAGCUCUAGUUCCAUCGUGCCCAAACUAGUCAUCCUCUUAGUCGCCAUAGCUUGUGCUGGCUUCAUAAUUGCGUUGUACCAUUGCAUCCGUGUCGGUUGGUGCACACAAUACCAGCAACGUCCCCCUCUGCAACCGCGAAAUAGGCCUUUUCCUUUCAGACGCGAGGAGCAGCAGAGCAGCGUUGAAAAUUCUAUUGCAGAGCUCAUUCCUGUACGUAAAUUUAGCAAGACUAAUUUGGACUUGGAGGGCGGGGAUAACCAUACGUGCUCCAUUUGCUUGUGUGAAUUCGAAGAAGGGGAGGAGCUACGUACAUUGCCCGAAUGUGUUCACUCUUUUCAUGUAAGUUGCAUUGAUAUGUGGUUUUAUUCGCAUACUAGUUGUCCGUUGUGCAGAACUGAUGCUACGCCAUCUCCACGGGGACUCAUACAUUAUUUGGAGUUGAAUUCGGAAAGGCCAGCUCCAAGGCAAGGUUUAGAAUCCAGUGAAGUUUGA